AUGAAUUUGGCAGUUGAUGGUAGUGACUUUGAAGUAUUGAAUCAAGCAGUUGAGAUAGAAAGUGAUGGGGUACAAGCACAAACCCAAGAUGCCAUUGAUAGUGAAGAGCAAAUUAGCACAUGCUUAAUGAUAAAAAAACUGAGGCUAAUUUGGAAUAAGAAUAAUACUUUUGAAAAGAAGAAGUGUGAACCCUAUAUGAUUGGAAAAGUGCCAAAGUCAACAUAUUUUGAGAAAUAUGGAUCAAGUGAAACAUUUACAAAAGCUGCUAUUGGCACA